AUGGCGGCGACGGCGGCGACGGCGGGCAGGUUCCUGCGGCUCCGCGCGGCCGGGGCCGAGGGACACUGGCGUCGGCUGCGUGGCGCGGGGCUGCCGCGGGGCUUCCUGCAGCCCGCCUCGGCCGACGGGGAUGCGGCCCAGAGGCGGCAGGUGGCUCACUUCACUUUCCAGCCUGACCCGGAGCCACUGGAGUACGGGCAAACUCAGAAAAUGAAUCUCUUCCAGGCAGUAACAAGUGCCUUAGAUAACUCAUUGGCCAAAGAUCCUACUGCAGUAAUAUUUGGUGAAGAUGUUGCCUUUGGUGGAGUCUUUAGAUGUACUGUUGGCUUGCGAGACAAGUACGGUAAAGAUAGAGUUUUUAAUACCCCAUUGUGUGAACAAGGAAUUGUUGGAUUUGGAAUUGGAAUUGCAGUCACUGGUGCUACCGCCAUUGCAGAAAUUCAGUUUGCAGAUUAUAUUUUCCCUGCUUUUGAUCAGAUUGUUAAUGAAGCCGCCAAGUAUCGCUAUCGCUCUGGAGAUCUUUUUAAUUGUGGAAGCCUCACCAUCCGGUCCCCUUGGGGCUGUGUCGGCCAUGGGGCUCUCUACCAUUCCCAGAGUCCUGAAGCUUUUUUUGCCCACUGCCCAGGAAUCAAGGUGGUUAUACCCAGAAGCCCUUUCCAAGCCAAGGGACUUCUUUUGUCAUGCAUAGAGGAUAAAAAUCCUUGUAUAUUUUUUGAACCUAAAAUACUUUACAGGGCAGCAGUGGAACAGGUUCCCAUAGAACCAUACAACAUCCCCCUGUCCCAGGCCGAAGUCAUCCAAGAAGGGAGUGAUGUCACUCUAGUUGCCUGGGGCACUCAGGUUCAUGUGAUCCGAGAGGUGGCUUCCAUGGCUCAUGAGAAGCUUGGAGUGUCUUGUGAGGUCAUUGAUCUGAGGACUAUAAUACCUUGGGAUGUGGAUACAGUUUGCAAGUCUGUGAUCAAAACAGGGCGACUGCUAGUUAGUCACGAGGCUCCCUUGACGGGCGGCUUUGCCUCUGAGAUCAGCUCGACGGUUCAGGAAGAAUGUUUCCUGAACCUGGAGGCUCCUAUAUCGAGGGUAUGUGGGUACGACACGCCGUUCCCUCACAUUUUUGAGCCGUUCUACAUCCCAGACAAAUGGAAGUGCUAUGACGCCCUUCGAAAAAUGAUCAACUAUUGACCACAGUAUAUAACAUAUAAUGGAAGCCAGAUGUUGACCCAGAUAUAAGGAGCUUCAUCCAUCCCAUCAUCCAAAGUGUGAAAAGCUGCAUUCGCCUGAAUCAAUACGUUUGUGACCUGACCUGGAAAAGCAUAGGAAGAUAGUGCAUCAGAGUUACUUCCAUCAAGAUGAAGGGGAUUUGUGGCGUAGAUUGGAACACAAAGGGGGACUAUCACUUUUCCAUUCUAUAUCCUCCUCUGUCCUUUGACUUUUAAGAUAUGUCCCGUGGCUCCCCAACUCAAAUAGAGCGUAAUAUUUAGAACCACAAAAUAUUUAAAGUGUUUGGUGAAAAUGUAUGCACCGUAGGAACUUUUUAAGAGUGUCAGAUAUUAAUGCUGUGAUGGAAUUUAAUAUCUCAAAACCAUGGGCUUCAAAGAAGUUAGACUUGAUCUAAGCCUCCGGAUCAGAAAUAAAAUAAAAAUGGAAAAUAUGACUUAUACUGGAACUCUUCAAGCAACUUUUGGCUUUUUCUGUGAGAACACUGAAGCUUCCCUGUUGGUAAACUUGGGAAUAAUGGAGAAAGUCUUGUGGGCUGGGAGCUUCUAGGCUGAAUGUUAACUGCAGCUGGGAGAUAGCUGUUCCAAAGAGAGUUGAAGACAACACCAGGUUAACAAGCAGACAAGACUGUUAAAUGUUACACAGUUAAAAGCCAGGCCCUUUGCAAAAAGGGAGGUGGAUACACAUCGCAUCCCUUGUUUAGUUUUCAAAGAAGAGAUAAAUGAGUAGUAUUAUUUUUGUAAAAUUUUAUUGAAGUAUGGUUGCUUUACAAUGUUGUGUUAAUUUCUGCUGUACAGCAAAGUGAAUAAAUGAGUAUGCUUUAGGAUUAAUAAUAAUGCUUUGAAGCUUCCUUUUCAGAAACAAAAAUUAAAGGGAGGGCUUCCCUGGUGGCGCAGUGGUUGAGAGUCCAUCUGCCGAUGCAGGGGACAUGGGUUCGUGCCCCGGUCCGGGAAGAUCCCGCAUGCCGCGGAGCGGCUGGGCCCGUGAGCCAUGGCCUCUGAACCUGCACGUCUGGAGCCUGUGCUCCACAACAGGAGAGGCCACAACAGUGAGAGGCCCGCAUACCACAAAAAAAAAAGAAAAAAAAAAAGGGAACAACACCUUGAACUAUUAUUUUAACUGCUUAGUGAUAUAUCUAUAUAUACAUUAUAUAUAUAUAUAUAUAUAUAAUGUAUAUAUAUCACAUCAUAUAUAUAUAUUUUUUUAACUGAACUUUGUGGUGGUUUUAAACAUUUUAUUCAGGGCCAACUAUAAUAUGAACAUGGGAUAGGUCUCAACUUCUGAGACAGUAGGAUUUUCAGAAGUUUAGAAAUUCAAACUCAUAUAAAAUCAAAUAUUAUUUUAAAUGUUCUUAACUGCUAAGGAAAAUAAAACCAUACCCAAACCUUCCUUUUCUCAUCUAGUAAUAUUAUGAGUGGGUAUGUUAAAAUCAUUUAAAUAAGUUAAAAGGAAGCUCACAUCCAAAGGUUAUUUCCAAAGGCUACUCUGGAAAAUACCAGUGCUUGGCAUGAGUGGUUCUAGACUGUUCUGCCAGAGCAUUCAGUAGAGUAGUGACAAUCAAACUCCAGUUUGGAUUGUCCUAGUAUAAAAGUAAAAUAUAUUCUCGGGAAAAGCAAGCAUGCUGUCAGGCAGUCAUUCAACACAUAUUCAUGAAUCCCCAUAUGGGUUUAGGGAAAGAAAGUUUAAAUAAGCUGUAAGUUUCCCCCAAAGGGAAAGAGAGUAUUAAUCAAAUACUUAUAAGGUGAAAGCACUAUAAAUAAUGCUAUUAAAAUUCUUUGGGAUCUUAAGUAAGGGUAGAAAACCCCCUCUAAGUUGUUAAUUGUUUCACAGAGUAGGUGACAUUUAAAAGAGUCUUUCAGGAUACCUAGGAUUAUCACCAAAUAUAGAAAGAGACAGGUGAAGUAGAGGAAUGUGUGUAUAGCACGUCUUAAAUACAGACUGUAUGUAAGAACUUGAAAUUAUAACAGGGUAGCAUUUUGAAAAAUUAGAUGGUUACAUUCAAAAUAGGAUUUUGCCAACAGGCAAUAGGUUGAGAGAAUAAGGACUUGAAAAAUUAUUUUAGUUCUUAUUUAACAUUAAAGAUUGAGCCUGAUGGCUACUGUAGCUGCUUUUCUGAUUGUAUAGAAUAGGUAACUUUAAUCGUUGUUUCAGCUUAGCCAUGAGAAUGGAGUUUGGAAGAUGAAAGAUAUGGCCUGGAGGAAAGUAAAAGGUAUCUUAAUUGUUUGGAUUACUGGGAGGCACUGUGAGAGUCGGAGGACUGAGAACAAAGACAAAGGUUGGAAGAUACUAGAGUCCCUCCACCAUGCUCCCCAGUACACACUCAAGGCUGAGCUGGUGGGGAGAGAAUGGUUUUGAAACACUGGAGAAGAUAUGGAACUCCAAGAACUGGGGAGCUUUGGUUUUGUUCCAGAAGGAAACAACUUGUAGGCUGCCUCCAAGUCAGUUGAGGGACAUUUCCGUAUUACAAAUAAACAUGGUAGCAGAGUGUGAGUAAGCAGAAGGGGACUGUAUUAUUCUUUUUAGAACAUUCUUGAUUCCCGUGUAAUGUGGAUAGAGGAAGCUGUUGUGGUGGGAAUAAGGAACUCUACGGCAAAUGCACUGGGUUGUGCCAUCUGGUAAGGGACCAAGUGACUAAUGUAGUCAGACCUCAGUGUAUGGUCAGGGUCCAAAGAGUGGUCAGAGGAGCCUGAGUCGUCCAGGAAACUUUAUAAAGUCAGCAGAGACCAGGCCGACAGAUCAUUGGCAAGGACACUCUAGGGGUCUAAGGACCACCUUUCCCAACUCCUGAAAAGCACUAAGAAAGACACCAACAUCCAGGGCCAACCCCUUUUUCCCUUGCCAUUAGUGAGGUUGAAAAAGCCGGAUAAUCACUUUCGAUUCGUCGCUUACCGACUGGGGUGAAUAUUUGACCAAGUAUUGAUCAAUGAGCUAUAAGUGGAAUUUGCUGGGGGGUGGCUUUUGUAUAAUGAUUUUUUAUCUGAAUAAGACAGGGAUAUGGCUGGGAGCAUGCUCCUGAAGCUUCCUUUCUUUGUCCACGAAGCUAGAAAUCUGAGGAAAAAGCCACUAUGCUAAGCAUGUGGAGUGAAAACCAGAAAGAGCUUCUCAUCCAUGUUAUCACAGAACAGAUAAACUAACAAUAGCACUUACUUAUCUUUGGAUUUUUUUGUCAUGUAAAAACAAACUCCUAUUUAUUUAGGCCACAGUUAAUCAUCUGAUCUAUAAUUUUCAGCCUUUUCAUCAAAAGUUUAUCAAAAAUUUUACUGUCUGAUAGUCAUGUAAGUUUAUUGAGAGUCUAUCUAAUGAAUGGUGGGCCAGAUCCUACCUUAAUCUCAUAUAUAUAGAUGUCUAGAAGACAGCUGUCUCUGCUGCUCUCUCAUCUAAGCCAAGACUCGGUCAUCUAAGAGUGAUUGAAGCAAGCUGAAGAUUUCAACAUUCUUUCUGUCCAAAAUAAAGAAAUCAUAUUUUCCACUACUCUACAAAUUGUACUAUGGGUAAAUUGCUAGCCCUAUCACAAAAUGUUUAGAAAUUAUGAGAUUCAGUGAGCUGGAAAAAUAUUUUUUUUAGUGUCAGGAGUUGAACUGGAGGAGGAUGAGAUAGGAAGGUUUAAGUGGCAGCCAGAUUGUGAAGAAACUUGUAUGCUGCAAUUUAAACACGGAUUUUGAAAAGAAUAUAUAUAUAACUGAAUAACUUUGCUGUAUACCUGAAACUGACACAACAUUGUAAAUAACUAUUUCAAUAAAAAUUUUUGAAAAAUAAUUAAAAAUUAAAAUUAAAAAAAAUGGACUCUGACUUGUAGGUCAUUGGGAAUCAUGGAAAAGUUUAAAAUAGGAGAUUAAUACCAAAUUAAUAUUUUAGGAGGAUUGUUUUGGUAACUAUGUAGAAGGAAGAUUGGAGGGGACAUAAAACAGGGACAGUGAGAAUUAUAAAGAAGCUAAUGUAGUUACAUGUUAACUUCAUGCCUGGAAUAUGGUUAUUGAUACUUGUUGAAAGAAUUUAACCUUUAGUUCUGGAUUUGCCUAAAAGUGUCAACAUAUUAAAUAUCAGAUCUAGAUGACAAAAUCUUGAGAUUUUUGUUUUAAAUUAUUUUAAUAUAAUCAAAAUAUUUGCUAAUAACACUUCUUUUUCAUGACUAAAUAAAAGCAAGCAACUGUUAGAUUUUUAAAUUGCAGUUUAUGUGAACUUGCAUGUAUUAGCUUCAUCUCAGCAGGUGCACAAGAACUGCUUAAUGACUGACAGGCUGAAUUGAAUUCAACAACUUUUUACUGUAUUCAUUGCAUUUUCAAACAGUUUUUCUAACAUCUUGCCUAUGGAUAUGGCCACUAUAACACCCAGCUUUUCUGAAGCAAACAUAGUUUCCAAUUUUGUGUUCUAAUCUCAUAAACAUACUUUUCCUUGUCAAAUCAUAGGUUUCAAUUUUUGUUUCAGAAAUGUUAGUCUGUAUUCUUUUAC